GUUGUGAUGUACAUUUUAUCUUUAUUCAUUAUUCCUUUUUAAGAAAUGUUGUUCAUAAAAGAAAAACUGGAUAAAAGCUUGGCAUUGCUGAAAAAGUAUGAGUGGUUGCUGGAUGCUUAUGUUCUGGACUUCUUUCUGGACGACCAUUGGAGUAAGCUUCCUGAAAACUGGCAGCAGCACUUGGAAAACAUUCCCUUGGAAAACCUAGGAGAUCUGCUCCAAAACGAGGAUCAUGAUCUGCAGCUGAACUGGCCAGUGGAUCUACUGGACUUGCGACAGGAGCUGCGCAACCUCUGCAUCGGCCGUGCACCCAAGAAACAACUCGAAAACUCCUUUCCCUGCACACUCCUGGAUCAUCCCAAACUAAAGCACAUGUUCCUGAAGCGGGUGAAGCCCAAGAAGCAGCACGAGGUCGCCCGGAUGGCAGAGAUUUGUGCUCUUAGUCAUCGACAGACACCUGUUGAUUUUAUCGUGGACUUCGGAGCCGGUGUGGGUCAUUUGGCACGCAUUCUGGGCUAUGGAUACGGACUGCAAGUGUGCUGCUUUGAAAUGCAACCUGAUCUCAACCAGCAGGCGGGGGAAAUCGAUCUGAAACUCGAGUCCAUGGCAGCGAAACAUCUGUCGCAGGCGGAAACCAGGCACUUCCGGCGACCAGUGCAUCUCACACAGCGUUUGGAGACCAGCACGCAGCCAGCUCAGUUCCUCUCCAGCAUCCGGAAGGCGCUGCAGCUGGAAGACGACAAGUUCCGUUUCGGAAUCAUCGGCCUACAUCCGUGUGGAAACCUGGGACCGACAUUGAUGCGCAUGUUCCUCGGCUGCCCGCAGGCUAGGUUCCUCAAUUUUGUGGGCUGUUGCUACCAGAAAAUGACCACCCAACCCACGCAUCCCAGGGAGCAAGUACAUGGCUACCCGCUCAGCAGAUUUCUCAGGAACACACCAGGAUGCCAGCUCAGUUACGAGGCCCGCGAGAUCUCUUGCCACGCCUUGGAGGUGUAUACCGAUCGUCUCAGUGCUGGGGACUACGAGCACCUCCGGAUACACUCUCUGCGGGCCGCCGCCGAGCGAAUCAUUGUCCAGCAGUUUCCAGACCUCCGGCACUGUGCUCUGCGGAAUGUAAAGCAUUCACCCGGCAUGACGUUCCACCAAUAUUUCCAGAAAGCCGUGCAGGGAACUCGAUUUGAAGCUCUGGACAGCCGGAUUCUGAGUAACGAGCAGUUACAAACAGACCUGGCCAACUGGCAGCGGAUAGUUUCCUUCUACACACUUCGAUUAAUUAUGGCUCCACUGGUGGAGAGCAUUAUUCUCUAUGAUCGCUGCCUGUUUCUAAUGGAAAACGACUGCCAAGUGCAGAUAGAGGCCAUUUUCGAUCCCCGCCUCUCACCUAGGAACCACAUUACCAGGGCCGUGAAACCCUAACUCGGAUAGGGUAGAAUUACCCUAAUCUGACGACCAUAAAUCCCGCAGAAGUGACAUGCCGUCUGAAUCUUAUCGUUAAGUGGCUUUGUGAUUACACUUUAUGUUGUCUUUAUAUGAGUUUAUUUUUAUAUAGAUAAAGAUAAUAUCGUGUUGCCGAUAAAAAAUGCA